AUGAAUGUCUUGUUAGAUUCCAACGUUGAGGCUUUAGCUUUCAACUACUUGAACUUUGGCUUAGUCACAGUUCUCAACAAUUUAUGGACAUGGCUAGCUCUUAUCACCGCCGCUCUCAGCUUCUGGAAGAUUCGCUCAUCGGGUUGCCCCAAAGACCCGGUUUCAGUCAAAUCCGACGCGGGAGUCGAACCGUCGUUGUUGUCGUUUGAAGAUGUAGCGUCGGAAACUGAGAAACCUAGGAAAACAUUAAACAAGGUUUUUAAUAAUGAUGAUGUUGAUGGUGUGAGGAAGGGGAAGUAUACGGUGUAUUACGAGGAAGACAUGCAAUGCGGAGGCGGAGAGAGUGGUGGUAAUUGUUGUUACGGGCGGUUUCCGGUGGCGGAAGGGUGGCAACCGGAAGAUGAUGAGUCGGAGUGGUGGAAACGAUGGGAGAAGGUGUUGAAGUUGAGAAACGGAGAGAAUGAAAAUGGGUGGUACACGUGUCAAGAUUUGAUUGGGUUUAAUGGCAACGUGGUUAAAAGAUGGGACGGUGGCCUAAGGUUUGGUGGCAGUUGCAUCAAAGAGGAAUCAUCAUGGUACAGAUCCAGCUGUAUGUUGGAUUUUGUGUCUCAAUGA